CAAGAUGUUUCGUUUAGGUACUAAUGCUGUUCGUGGUGCCGCCGGUGCCCAAGCUAGAAACUACGCCACUUUGCGUGAAAUCGAAAUGCGUCUUAAGUCUAUUAAGAACAUUGAGAAGAUCACCAAGACCAUGAAGAUUGUUGCCUCCACCAAGUUGAACAAGGCCCAGAUCGCCAUGAACUCCGGUAGAGUCUACCAGGGUGCUGACACCGCCGUCUACAAGCACGCCGAGACGGCCGCCACCACUGAACCAACCAAGAGUUUGAUUGUCUCUAUCACCUCCGACAAGGGGUUGUGUGGUUCCAUCCACUCCCAAGUCGCCAAGGCCACCAGAAACAGAAUCAACAGCUUGCCUGGUACCGUUAGCGUUGUUGCCAUCGGUGACAAGAUCAAGCAGCAGAUUAUGAGAACCCAUGCCGAUAGUUUGGUCCUCGCCGUCAACGGUGUCGGUAAGGACACCCCAACCUUCUCUGAGGCUGCCGCUAUUGCCGACGCUAUCAAGACCUUGGGCGAAGAGUACGACCAGGUUGAGAUCAUCUACAACAAGUUUGUCUCCGGUGUCUCUUUCACCCCAGAGAUCGUCCCAAUCUUCUCUGCUUCCGCCAUUGAAGCCUCUCCACUCUUGUCUUCCUACGACUUAGAUAUUGAUGCCAAGACCCCAGAGACCCUUUCCGAAUUCUCGUUGGCCAACGCUAUCUACGCCGCUAUGGCUGAAGGCCACGCCGCCGAGAUUUCCGCCAGAAGAAACGCCAUGGACAACGCGUCCAAGAACGCUUCCGAAAUCAUCAACAAGUUGGGGAUCUUGUACAACCGUACCAGACAGGCCGUCAUUACCAACGAAUUGGUCGAUAUUAUUACCGGUGCCUCCUCUUUGGAUUAGAGCGUAGACUAGCGCUUGCGCUCCGGCUUAUCU